AUGAUGGUAUUCCCGCAGCAAGUUUUGCGAAUGCUCAAGAAGCAACUGGCGAUUUACUUGCCUGCGAAGUCUAGAGAACAUUAUGGUCCCCGCUUGGUACCGCUGGCACAACCGCUGGUACUAGAUCGGGUAUUGAGACGCGCACACCGCUCGGCGCACGCCGCCACCACGACGGUUCUCAACUGGAGGGAAGGACUGGGGAAAAUAAGAAGCGACGCGCCAGCCAGAGGAGUUCCUGCCCCAGCCACCAACCGAACAGUUCCUACACCACCACCACCGACAACACCAGCACCAGCACCAGCAGCAACAGUCGCCGCAGUCCGCCAAGCAGAAGCCAGCCCCGAGACACCGCCGCCGCCUAGCAGUUGGGAAGCCUGCCCGUCCUCCGUCGUUUUAAUUAACCGUCACUCCGAAACCGCCCGCAAGAUUUACUCCAACCCGGUGACGAGACUCUACGUAUUGGAGCCAAUUUAAGCGCUGGGGUCGCAACCAGCCACCUACACAUCGCCGUGCUAUCUGACUUUCCGAAGAAGACAGACAUUUUUUUUUGCAUUUAAAAUAAAGCUUUGACUUGUAAAUAGUUUUGGAAAA